AUGGAAGGUACAUUGUUCUGCUAGUAGUAGUCACAAGUGCUGGAUAAAAGUGUAAAUGGCUUGCAUACUGUAUAACAAGUUUGGGGAAAUUAAAACAUGCGCGUGUGCAUCACCCUACUCUGAAGUGAAUAAGUGCCCGGCCCGGCCACCGCUCAACUUGUAACGUCAGCUACACAGGAAAUUGUUUGGCAUGAUUUUGAUUUUUUUUUGGGGGGCGCUGCUCACCCCCCCUGGCCAUAGCAUAUAUUGCUGAUUACAAUGCAAUGCAUUUAGGCGUUAAUAGAAGAAAAAUGUGCUGAAUAAGGCUACCGGGUCAGAGUGUUAAGUGCGUCGUUCGUUCGGGGAUGGAUUGAGUUUUGAUUUUGGAUUUGUUGUGUGUGGGAAUGGAAGUCGGAGCGAACAAGAGGUGGAUUGUGUGAGUGACAGCAUAGCCGCUGACAGGUGUCUUGUGUGAGGGGAUCGUCUCAACUAGGGGGGGCAAAAAGAGAGAGACAACUUCGCUGAAAUACUGAAGGCAGUACAUGCUGAUCCGUGAUUGUGUAAUCUUCUCGUUGAUUGUUGAUUGGAUACAGUUUUCCGAAAGGUGAGAGCACAGAGAGCACAAUGGCAGAGGAGAGUGCCAGACCCUUCGUAACUAACGAAACAACUUUUGAGUGUACCUGCGACAAUUUAGGAUGUAACAGCGAUAUCUCGAGAUGUAAGACCACAAAGCGAUGCUACGCAUCACUCACAAUAGAUGAAAAUGGUGUGGAGCAGAGAAGGAAGGGAUGUUUCAACACAGUGGAACGGACCAAUAUGUACUGCAAGAGCGCCUUCCAGGAUAACAUCAUCAUGGUGUGCUGCAAAGGAGAGAUGUGCAAUGAGAACAUCCAACCAGCCUUCCCUCCCCCUAUUCCACCAACCACUCCGAUAUCGGGGCUAAGGGAGUCAGCCUCGACCUACGACGUCGUGUACCUCGUUAUGGCCGUCCUGGGGCCCUUCUUUGCUCUCAUUGUGGGCAUCUCCUUUGCCGUCUUCAUGUACCGCUGGAUGCAUAAGAAGAGAUUACGAGAGCUGAACACAAACGAUGAGGAGUAUGCCCAACAUGCGCCUCAUGAUCUCAGAGCCGUCCCGGCAGGGGACAGCACACUAAAGGACUUAUUCGAUCAUUCCAACACAUCUGGUAGUGGUUCCGGCCUCCCUUAUCUUGUCCAGAGGACCGUUGCCAGACAGAUCACACUGGUGGAGCAAGUCGGCAAGGGACGCUACGGUGAGGUGUGGCGCGGCAACUGGCAAGACGAAAACGUCGCAGUGAAAAUCUUCAACUCCAUCGACGAGAAGUCGUGGUUCCGCGAGACGGAGAUCUACAACACCAUCAUGCUGCGUCACGACAACAUCCUGGGUUUCAUCGCGUCGGACAUGACAUCGCGGAACUCAUGCACACAGCUCUGGCUGAUAACGCACUACCACGAGUUUGGAUCGCUCUACGAUUACCUGAACCGGAACGUUAUAGACAUGAAGGUGGCCAUCCGGCUGGCGUUGUCGGCAGCCGGCGGGCUCGUCCAUCUCCACACCGAGAUCUUCUGCAACAACAGCAAGCCGGCCAUCGCCCACCGCGACAUCAAGAGCAAGAACAUCCUGGUGAAGGAGAACCACACGUGUUGCAUCGCCGAUUUGGGGCUGGCCGUGCUGCACACACGCAAGAACGACCAGUUGGACAUUGGGAUGAAUAGCCGGGUGGGCACCAAGCGCUACAUGGCGCCAGAGCUUCUGGAGGAGACCAUGAACACGGCUGAGUUUGAGUCGUUUAAGAGGGUGGAUGUCUAUGCCUUUGGUCUGGUGCUUUGGGAGAUUGCGAGGAGGUGUCAAGUUGGGGGUAUAGUUGAAGAUUAUAGACCGCCAUUCUUUGAGUACGUCUCCAGCGAUCCAGGAUUUGAAGAUAUGAAAAAAGUUGUUUGCACCGAAAUGCUUCGGCCGACUAUCCCAAACAGAUGGUCAAAUGAAACUAUGUUAAUUGCGCUUUCCAAACUAAUGAAGGAAUGUUGGUAUCACACAGCGUCGGCAAGGCACAGCUCCCUCAGGGUCAAAAAGACACUCAUGAAAAUCGCAGAGUCGUGUAACUUAAACACAACAUCCAAACUGGACUACAGUUGGGAGAAAGCGUUCAUUUGAGAGUGGGGGGAUUGGACGUGUGUAUCAAGCCAGACAAGACUGUUCUGCUGCCCUCGAGCGGUGCUGUUGCACAAUGAGGGAUGGGUGUCUGAAGGACCCUAGUAGGCCGAACCCAGAGUCUGGCUUAUCGGGAGAAGUGGACACUGGAAAGGUAGACUGCCCGAUCUCAGGCGCCCAAAACAAGAACAUUAGCUCAGCGCCAAUGUCACAUUGACACCUCCGAAUAGUGCGAUGCAAAAAUAAUGGAUUUUGCGAGCGGCUUUGUAGAGCUGCACAAACACUGGGAUCGGCGAAUAGUUUUGGUGAGCGGCAAAAAUACUGGAUUUUGCGUGUAGCUUUAUUAAGCUAGAAAAGAUAAGAUGUCUGCAACUAAAUGACAACAACUAGUGAAAGUCUGCUUCAGAGUUAAUUACUGUGCCAGCAUUAGAGAAUUCUGCCUGUAUGGCAGUGACAUUGAACAGGGAGUCUUAAUCAUACUGGUGUACGCUGACAACCCACAGCUUUGCAGACGAUAAAGCAGUCCCCUGGUAGUAAUGUAUUUUUCCUUCUUGGUCGAUUUGAAGGCAGUGAUCACGUUCAUGUGUGCCACACCCUACCUCAGUUAAGUUCUGGAUGCAUAACCAUAGGUCAUGACAGCAUGCAUUGAUGUGUCAUACAGUCUGAUAAGAAGAGUGUCUGUAAGAAGAGACUACCCCACAACAAAGACCGUGUCAGUCAGGAAGUUUUCUUCAUGUCAACGCAACCAAUCUUGAUGUCAUCUUGGCUCAAUUUCAUUUCAGGUGCUUAAGCAGACAAUUCUGUUUAGAAAUUGUGCACUUAGCAAAAAACAAGCAGAAUACCAGUCACAAAUGGUGCAUGUCACAUGGUAUUUUAACUGGUUACCAUAUUUCUGGUAAGCAUAACUUUGAUAUGACUAACUACUUUUUCUGCUUGAGCAGCUCUAGGAAAUUGGACCAUGGGAAAAGAAAGAUACAUUUCAAGAAGUUUCGGAUCAUUUAAAUUAUUGGAGAAUCAUUUGCUUCGUGUUCAUGUUUGCUUCGUGUGAACUGAGUUCCAGUUUCAUUAAGUUGCUUAAGCACAAAAAGUAGCUAAGCACAACCCAAUUGUGUUUACCAAAAUAAGGCUACUAGCCUAAGUACAAUCACACAUGUCGAUUUGUGACUGGGGUAUCCUGCGAAUUGCUUAGCAUAAAAGUUGUAAGCCAUACUUUCUGCUUAAGCUCCAUACAAUUGUGCCCUGGGGUCGAUUUCUC